AUGUACAGUCAGAGACCUAAUGGAGUACCAGGCAUGACAGCCAGAACUAAAGGUCAAAGUUUAUUGGCUCCUUUCAAGAAUCAAGACUUAGUUUUAGGUUCUCUAACUAAAGUUUACAUCACACAUAUUUCCAACCCGGAAAAAUUUCACGUCCAGUUGGAUUCCUCGACAGAUACUUUGGCAAAAUUAGUGGACCAUAUACAUGGGGUAUAUAAUGGUAUAGGACCAAAUGAUCAUGUAUUGAAGUGUUAUUCAGUAGGCCAGGCUUGUAUUGCCAUGUUUGAUGAAGAUUACAGCUGGUACCGAGCUAAGAUAAUAGGAAUGUCUGGAGAUAAAUUGAUUGAGGUUCUUUUUGUGGAUUAUGGAAAUACCGAGUUGGUGGCGCCACAAAAGGUCAAGGCCAUCACUCCAGAUUUAUUAAAUCUUCCGGCUCAGUCUGUGAUCUGUGCAUUAUCGGGCGUGGCACCUAGUCAGGGAUUCUGGCCCCCAGAGCAUAUUGCUCAAUUUGAAGAUAUUGCUUUAUCCCAGUCCUUCACAGCUUGCUUUAAAUCAAAACGUAAAGAAGACCAGAUGUACCUUGUGAAACUUAUUUCUGAUUCUGGUGAAAUGAUUAACGAGACUUUCGGUGUGAAAACAAACAGUGUGUGUUUAGAAGAAGAAGUAUCGUUUUCAAAACGACAAAUUCAAAUUGACAACAGUGGUGAUAAAGUUCAAGUGACAGUAUCAAAACCGCAAAAUGGCGUGACUGCGAUGGGAGACAUGAGUUCUACUCAUACUCCAGCAGGAAUUUCUACUGUGAAACUGCGUAAGGGAGAAAGUUUAGACGUUAGUGUGAUAUAUGCAGAAUCUCCGAGCCGAUUUUUCUGCCAAGCUAUGAAACUUGAUGCAGAUUUAAAUGUGAUAACACAAAAAUUACUUCAAUAUGAUAAAGUGCCUGAGAAUGUGAAUGUUUUGAGAAAUCCAAUGAUAGGAACACUUUGUGCUGCCAAGUUUAAAGGUGACGAUGUUUGGUAUCGAGCAAGAAUAACAGAAAUAAGAGGGACAUCAGCUCAUGUGUUUUUUGUGGAUUUCGGAAAUUCUGAGGAUGUAGAUUUCAGUGAAUUAAGAGCUCUCACCCCUGACUUACAGAAUUUACCUUUUUAUGCUUUGGAAUGUAUGUUAGAAAAUGUCCGCCCUUCUGACAAGGUAUGGUCAGACCAAUGCCGAGAAGAAUUCGAACUGUUAGUAUAUGAUAAAGAAAUUGAAAUGAAAAUAUUAGAUAUUGAGGACCAGCUUAAUAUCGUGACUUUAACUGAUUCCGUCGAGGGAAGUGAUAUCGGACAGAAGUUAAUCAGUGCCAGACAUGCAACAUCUUCUCAUGCCAGUCAAGUCGUUGUUCCUUAUUCAAAACUACAAAUACCAAUUCCUUCCAAAUCUCAGAUUUUUGUUUCGUGGACCGAAAAUCCAGAACAUUUCUGGAUUCAACUUUCUGAUAACCAAGACAUUUUAGACAAUUUGACUGAAAAUUUACAGAAUUAUUGUGAGACUGAUGGACUACGUGCAUCCAAUGUCAAACCAGGAGAAGCAGUUCUCGCGAAAUUCACAGAAGACGAAGCGUGGUAUCGUGGGGUCAUUCAGUCACUGACUGGAUCAAAAGCAACUGUUUUGUUCGUAGAUUAUGGCAAUACUGAUUCUCUCUCUACGACCAAUCUUUUGAAAGUUUCCCCUGAAUAUCUGAAAACUCCCUCCCUGGCCCUUUUGUGUAAAUUCAAAAACAUUCAACCAACCCAAAAUGUGAGUUCGUGGAUCGAGGAUGCCAAAACUAUAUUGGAUGACUUCACAGUUGAUGGAGCACUGGCUAAAUUUCUUGACAAAGAUGGAGAUCAAUUUGUAGUUGAGUUAUUUGUUGGACAAGAGAAUGUGGAAGAUCAUUUGAUCAAAGCUGGUGUAGCGAGCAGAAAAUCUGGACAGGGGCCUGCCCCAUCUUCCUCUGGGUUCCCCAAUUCUGUUGGUCUAGCACCCAAACAGUUAGAAAAGACUUAUGUAUCUCAUGUUGAUUCAGUCCAUCAAUUCUGGUGCCAACUCUCUAAACAUACAACAAGUUUAGAUGAAAUUAUGGAAAAAAUGGAAGCAUUUUACUCACAGGGUGAAGGUCAGCCAAUGACCCCUGUUGCAGGGUCAGCUUGCGCUGCUAAAUAUAGCGCAGAUGAUGCUUGGUACAGAGCAGAAGUUUUGAAGUUUGAUGGCAGUAAUGUGGAAGUAUUUUUCGUUGAUUAUGGCAACUGUGAUACAGUCUCUCCUUCCAAUGUUUGCAAACUGGGCCCAGAAUUCUUAAAUUUGCCAAAACAAGCUAUGCAAUGCAGAUUAGCAAUUGACAAUGCAGACGGCAGCUUGACAGAGAAAUUACAAAAUAUAGUUGAGGAGAAAGAAUUAGUACUGAAAGUCCAAGCAGUAUCCGGAUCAAUCCAUAAAGUUGAUCUCUUAGAAGACAGUCAGUCAGUGUCAACCAUGUUGUUGUCUGCUGCUAAGUUGCCAAGACAACCAGUGCUGCCCCCACCAAGAGUCCAAUUCAAGCCAAUCAAUGUAAAAAUAGGUAAGCCUGUCACUGCGUAUGCCAGCUGUAUUGUGUCACCAGGGAAACUGUAUCUUCAAAUGGCGGGAACUGAUGAUCAACUUUCAGAUAUUUCCCAGAAUUUAAAAGCUUAUUGCAGUACAUGUGAUGUAGCCCCAGAAAUUCAAGAAGGAGAUGGUUGUGCUGGAUUAUUUGCAGAAGAUUCAGAAUGGUACAGGGCAAAGGUCAUGACUAUCAGAGGGUCAGAGGUCAAAGUGUUAUUUGUUGAUUAUGGAAAUGCUGAAUUUUUGCAGAAAGAAGGCCUGCGUCCUUUACCUUCCGAAGUUGUAGACAUUCCACCCUUUGGUAUUGAAUGUUCAUUGGAUGAUUUGGCACCUGUGGAUGGAUCUGAUUGGACGGCAGAGUCGACCGAGUUUCUAGAGACGUUGAUUCUGGAUCAAGAAUUGAAUUGUGGGUUUGUGUCGUCUGCAGCAGUGAUCAUCACCGUUAAUGGUGAGGACAUUGGAGAUAAAUUAGUAAAUGCAGGGCAUGCCAAAAGAAUUAGCGCCCCACCAAUGCCAAAAGAGUAUGAGUUUCCUUCCAAACCAGAUGGGGAGGUCAAAGGUUAUAUUACGCAUAUUGACCCAGAUGGAGUUUUUUACGUUCAACUUUCAUCCACAGAACGUGAGAUCGUCAAAUUAGCUGAGUUGAUGCAAAGAGAAGGAAAAACUGCUUCAAAACUGUCACCAAAAGUGUCUGUCGAGAAAGGGCUCACUUGUAUUUCCAAGUUCAAGGUCGAUAAAAACUGGUAUCGUGUAAGAGUAGAGUCAGCAGAUGGGUCGAAGGUCACAGUCAGAUUUGUGGAUUAUGGAAAUUGUGAAGAAGAACGAUCAGAUGAUUUGAAGCAAUUGACUUUGGAAAUGAUGAAAGCGCCGGUUCAGGCUUUUCCCUGCAAAAUUAAGAAUUUGACAGAUUGGAAUCAAGAUUUUCAGGAUCGUCUGAAUGAAAUGACAGAGGAAUUGACCUUCACCUUUGCCUCAGGUUCACAACCUUUCGAUGUUGAGGUGAAAACCAAACGUGGAAAAGAUGUGGCAAAUUUGAUCAUGAAUCCCCCUAGACCGAGAGUUUUUGCCAAACAGAUCAAACCAAUAGAUGAUGUCCAAGCUUACAUAUCUCAUGUUGAGAAAGACAACUCUUUCUAUAUUCAAUUUUCAGACCACACCGAAACCAUCAAUGAAAUGUCAACUACACUUGCUGAAUUUCCUGUAGAAGAAGUUCCAGAAAGGUUGACAUCUAAAUACGCCUGUGCGGCCAUGUUUUCAGAGGAUCAAGCAUGGUAUCGAGCAAUAGUUACUAAAUUGGGACCAAAAGUACAUGUUCAUUUUGUCGAUUUUGGAAACGGUGAUGACUUGCCUGUAGACAAAUUGAAAGAACUUCCAGAAGACAUUUUGGAUGUUCCACCAUAUGCAUUCCAUUGUAAAAUCGAUGGAGUUCAAACUUGGUCACAAGCUGCCAAAGAUCUUUUUGAUAGUUACACUGAGAAGGAAAUGACAGUCAAAUUUUUAUCUGAUUCAACGCCAUUUUUGGUACAACUGAUCUGCGAGGAUCACAAUUUGUCAAGAAUACUGAAUAGAGCAGAAGUGACUUCAUAUUUAAAACCUGUGAUAAACAAUCAACUAAUGCAAGGAGCAGUUUGCCAUACAGAGUCAAACGGCAAAUUUUAUCUCCAUCUGCAGAAAAAUGAUGAAGUUUUGGAUAUUUUAGGAGCAGAACUGCAGGAUUAUUUCAGCUCUGAACAAAGCGAGGUGGCUUACGACCUCCAGAAAGGUCAACCCUGCGUUGCAAAGUUUUCUGAAGAUGAAUCUUGGUAUAGAGCUGUGGUUGAGGAGAUCACGAAAGAAAAGGUUCAUGUUCGAUUUGUUGAUUUUGGUAAUGCUGAAGAAGCCAACCCCUCAGAUGUGAAAUUUAUGGAAAAUCAGUUUUUGAAGCAUCCACCAUUAGCGUACGAAUGUCAGUUGAACAACGCAGGAAAAUGGACAGAAAAGAAACAACAAAAAUUCACAGAAAUGACAGAAGGAAAGGACCUUAACAUUCAAUUUGUAACAAACAUACCUCCUUAUAUGGUCAAUGUGACUAGAAGUUUAGCAGACGUCCUUCAAGAAGAGGCUGAUGAAAGCGUUGCUGAGGAAACAGAAGAGAAAGCAGACACCACUGAUGCAGGUGCUCUGUUGGAUUUCCCGCCACAAUCACCAUUCAAUGAACCAGGUUUCAUCUGCCACAUUGAAUCAGAUGGUACUUUUUACGUUCAUCUUGAAUCUGAAGAAAACAGAUUGACCAAUUUGUCAGAAAAACUUCAAGACCAUUAUUCUAAAUCCAGUGAACCCUUAGACGAAUUAACUGCCGGAAAAAUUUGUGCAGCGAAGUUCACAGAAGAUGACAUGUGGUAUAGGGCAAAGGUUGAAAAGAUCAAAGGUGAUGAGGUCAAAGUUCGCUUUGCAGAUUAUGGUAAUGUGGAUACAGUGACAACGGACAGAGUCAAGAAGUUGAGGGCAGAAGAUAUAUCCCAUCCACCUCUAGCUUAUAAAUGUAAUUUACGCGGCUUAGAAAACUGGACGGAAGAGGUGAAUAAAGAAUUUCAAAAUUUAACAGAUGAUCAAACUUUAAUUAUUAAAUUUUUCCAAGCAGACGGAGGUUUCAGCAUUGAACUGGUCAAUGAAAAUGGUGAUGAUAUUUUCACAAUGGUGCACUCCAAGACAGGAAAACAGGAUUCUGAUUCAAACAGUAAUCAAGAUGCAGAAGGAUCUGAGAAUAAGGAAAGAAAAUCAGAAAUUGACUUGCAAGAACGCGAGAAAACUGCAGAACAGAAUGCAGAAGUAGAUGUAACAACACAAGGAACAGACCAACAGGACAGUGGAUUAGUUGAAAGUUUACCAGAAACUGAAAGUAGCACCAGAGAGCAGACAGAAGGGCAGGGGGUGGAGGAAAUUAUUUUAAAAACCGAAGCAGAGAUUGUUGAGAGCUCCGAGAUUCCAGAACCUACCAGUGUGGUAUUCAUACAAAACAAAUUAAAAGAAGGAUCUCGACUUUCAGUCACAGUCAGUCAUUCAAUACACCCAAAUGAUUUUUAUAUUCAACCAGAAACCUCUGUAGCUCUGCUGGAAAAACUUACCACAGAGAUGUACGAUUAUUAUAAUGGUUUAGCCGAGGGGGAAGAACUGGUGGCGACACCUGUUGUUCACGAACCAGUAGCGGUGUUGUACAGCGAAGAUGAAUCGUGGUAUCGUGCACGAGUAGAAGCUGUAGCAGAUGACAAGUGUGAUGUAUUUUACGUUGACCAUGGCAACCUGGAAUCAGUAUCUAUCGCGUCCCUGAGAAGAUUAUGUCCCAAGUUCGUCGAGUUGCCAAUUCAGGCUGUAGAAUGCUCUCUAGCAGGAGUUCAACCCAUCAAAUAUUCAUGGACUGAUGACGCCAUUGAGCAAUUCGCAGAACUGACCCAAGACAAAGAGUUAGUAGCUGAUGUUAUAAAAGUAGGAGAAAGUGGGAACUGUUUAGUUCAUCUGUUGAAUCAAGGGCUGUCUAUAUCCCAGGAUCUUAUCAACAAACAUCAUGGUGUUUCUGCCGAUACUCCAGUCUCAAUCAGUAAAAAGAUUAAACGUGUUUUUUCUGAUUCCCAGUCCCCUGCUAAACGUAUCAAGAUGAACGAACUGACGGAUUCUAUUUUAGAAUUUGAGGAAGGCAAGAGAUUAAAAUGUAUAUCAAGCCAGCUACAUAAACAAGAGAGUAUCCAUGCUAUAGUAAGUUAUACCGAAUCACCGUCCAAAUUCUGGUGUCAGUUCACCUUCGCUACAGACGCAUUGGCGUCCGGAAUGGAACAACUACAGACGGCUUAUUCUAGCAGGGAAAAUAUACCAUUUGAUGAGGACCUGUCGAUAGAUGAUAUUGCAGUCAUUCAAGCCAGUGAUGGAAAAUUUUACCGAGCUGCCAUUCAAAAUAUACAGGAGGAAAACUUGCGCGUUCGUUUAGUUGAUUAUGGCCGUUUAGAAGAUGUUCCUAAAGACAAAGUUUUCAUCUUAAAAGAUGAGUUUUAUAAAUUUCCCAGUCAAGCGGCAAGAUGUUGUCUUCAUAACAUGGUUUCCCCUGGAAACACAUGGCAACAGAAUAGUUGUGAUAGAUUUGCAGAACUUGUAAAAGACAAAAAAUUGAUAAUGUUCGUCAAAAGAGUCUUGGUGAAUUGUUUAGCUGUAGAAUUAUUUGAUGGAGAAACUUCAAUACGUGAAACCAUGGUUACGGAAUCGUUAGCUAAAUAUGACGACUCCGUGGAGUCCAGUGAUGAAGAGGAAUUUGACCAUUUUGGCGUGACUGUUCCUGAAAUUCAAAUCUUUGAUGAAUCUGCCUCGGAAUCGAGAAAAGAUUACAAAGACCUGGAAGAGGAUACAGAGUAUGAACUGAUCAUUGAUGUGGAAACCUUCGAUCCUACCAUGUUCUCAGCUACUGUACAAUAUGACGAAAAGACUCAGAAAGUUAUGGAUGGUAUCGAAGCGUUAAUGGAAAAGAGGGAUACUCAGAAGAAAGAAGAUGAAUCUUGGAGGUUCAGUGUUGGAGAUCCGUGUUUGGCUUUCACCUCUGAUGGUUGGAGUCGAGCAAGAAUUGUUGAAAUUAAUGAAGACAAAGUAAAGGUAUAUUUAGUGGAUGUAGGUAACAAUGAAGAACUGACUGUAAGUGCUAUAGCUGAGAUACCUGUACAAUACGUGGCCAUACCUCCACAGUUAAUAAUCUGUCGUAUUGGAGAAAUACUACCAGUCACUGGUGAUACCUGGUCAGAGGAGGCUGUUCAGUAUAUGAAAGAUUAUUUAAAAGAGAAGACGAUAUCAGCCUAUAUUCUGUCCAAGGGAGACGAUGAAGUUUACUCUGUUUCUCUGGUAGACUCUAGUGAUAUAGACUCAUCAUUAUUAAAUAAAUUACUAGUAGAGACAGGACUUGCUCGAGUUAUACCCAACUCACAGCUAGAAAUACAACUACAGAUGGAGUCAGAUUUAAAUGAUACUGAUAAAAUGGGAGAGUUAGAAGCAUCGUUUCAAGAUGUGUCAUUUUUACGAGAGAAUUCUCUGGAUGAAGAUUUGAUGGACGAGAAACCAAAGGAAGACAAUGAACAAACUGAAGCAAUUCUAGAUAAUACGACAGCAAAUAGUGUAGAGGCUGAAGGCCAGGACAAAACAGAGGCUGAUUCUCAAAAUGAGGAUAUGGGUGGUGAAACUGAGGCUGAUAAUCAGAGUGAGGCUAAAAAGGAUGAAACUGAGGCUAAGACUGAAUCUGAUGAAGAUGAAAAUGAGGCUGCUGAAUCUGAACAAGAGGUUAAGAUUGAGGCAAGUCAAAAUACAGCUAGUGAAAGUGAGGCUCUGUUAUCUGAAUCAGACGUCAAGAACUCUGACAACCCUUCUGAUAAAGCUGAAGCAGAUGCUUCAAAAACUCAGAAAGAGGCUGAUGAUAAUAAAGAGGCUACAGAUGUUGAGAAUGAGGUUACAGAAGAUGACAAAAAUGCCUCUGGAGACAUAAAUGAAGACAUAAAGGAAACAGACGACAAAAGUUCUGACAAUGAUUCCAAUGAAUUAAAAUUACCAGGAGCAAAUGGUGAAAACAGUGACCCAGAAAAUGAAUCGUAA